UGAAGAAGUGACACAGAACUUUAGCACUCUCUUUUCUCGCGCGCUCUCAUUUGAAAAUUCCAACAGUGAAGUAGAUAAUAGUACAUUUAUUACCGAUAGAUUAAAAUACAAUAAACUUUUCGUCGUUGUUACCGCGCGUUCAUCUCGUUCGGGCCGGGCGGUUGCGAAAAACUUUCAUGAACCACACACAUCAGACGACGAUGACGACGACGACGACGGCACGGACAGUUCCAGUGCGCAGAAACCAUCCCAUUGCCAAUCCAACGGAAAAGAUACAACUUGCUCCAGCAACACAGAGCGAAAGGAACCUUAACGCUAACCAAGAGCUGUAUAUGAGAGUGUACGUGUGUUUGUUUGUGUGUGUGUGUGUGUGUGUGUGUGUGUGUGUGUGUGUGUGUGUGUGUGUGUGUUUCUGUGUCUGCGCCCGCCCCCUUCCACACAUCUGACUGCAUUCUAGCCAAGAUCUACUACCCGCUACCACUCUAUCUCGCGUCCUCAUCACAUCCCAGCGUGUUUGCAAGCACAUGCCAUUUAAACUAGAUAAAUUAUGACGCAUAUCGGUAUCGGCCGGUUUUUAUCGCUCGGUACUCCUUAGAUAGUGGAACUGGUCGGUGUUGCUGUAGGUUCUGUCUGCAAAACUAUUGCUAACCGAUGAAUCCCUUAUGAAUCAAUGUACGAUAAGAUGAAAUGAUUGGUGUUUUUGGGGGAGCAAAGUGGAGUACGUGUACGAUGUUAACGAAUGUUUACCGUUUGGGCAUCUGACGUUGUUGACUGAUUGUUUCUUGUUUUCUGUAAGCUAAUCGCUGUAAGGUUCUCUCCCUGCUAUCUCGAGCAGCGGCUACCGUAUAUCCGCCACAUCAUUAUGCUCAUAAUGUUUGUUUUGUUUGUUUGUUCUGAGUGGGUUAUUUUGAUUCAAUCUCACAAAAGCGUAUUCCAUUCAACUGAAUAAGGCUCACCGUUGACAACACUUUUUCCCCCUUCGGCGUAAAUUUCUCGCUUUGUCCGUUUUAGUAGAAUACUUUCACAGGUGUUCUCUUCACCGUGCGUGUACAGUGAGUGUAGUAGCUGCCUGUGAGUGUGUGUGUGUGUUUUUGUAUGUGUGUCUUUAAACGAUAGCGGUUAGGUUAGAGCGUUCAAGAUCGGGUGCGAAGAUCCUUCGGCCAGAACUGUCCCCGCUCGCACAGUUUUAGGAACACAUCGACAGUGCAAUGCCUAGAAAGUCCUCGAAUCCGAUCGUAAUGAUGCCCUUCUGCUCCGUAUCGCGCACGCGGAAUGCAUCGGUAAAGCGCUGUAUCUGGAUGCAGGUCACGAUGAACUGGUCCACCGAGAUUUCCUUCCGAUUGAUUGGAUCGUUCUUCGCGAUCAGGUACUGUAUGAACUGGGGCGAAAAGCGAAAGCCCAUCUGCGUCAACGCUUGCGUCAGUUCCGACUCCUCGAUGUGGCCCGACGCAUCGCGGUCAAAGUUUUUAAACACCUGCAGCCACUGGUUGAUGUAGUUGUAUAGCUUCUCAAAGUCGUAGAUAUCGACCGUGCCGGUCUUGUUUCGAUCGAACAUGCCUGGACGGGAGAAAUUGGGGAAGCAGAAAGAGCCAUUUAAGUAUGCCAUCCUUCUCCUGCUCCUGGCACCAAGCGCCAAUUAAGCCGCUGUUGCCCACAACUCACUGAUCAUCAGGUUACAGGCGGUAUCGGAAAAGUGGUCACCCCGUCCAUUGAUGAGUGCCUGCUGCAGUUCCCGGUUGUUAAUGCGUCCCGUGUUAUCCUUAUCAAUGUUUCGGAAGAUGUUUUGAAUUUCCGGAUUGACGGGCGGUUGCUGUGGUGGUGGUGCGUAACCCCCAUAGCCACCACCGUAUCCAGCGGCAGCCGCCGGGUGUUGUCCGUAGCCGCCACCGCCACCACCAUACUGCUGUUGCGGAUAUCCUCCCUGUUGCGGAACCGAACACGGGAUUAGAACCGAGAGAAAAACACACAACACGCACACACACGCACGCACACAGACACAGGCGGAGGCACAAUCAAAUCAGGCAGACGUGCCGCAAUGAUUCACACCACACUGCCUGGAGAUUCACCAGGUUUUGUGAUUCAUUCUAGUUAGCAUUGCCAAACAGCGUAAAUACAUCACCACAGUGACGACCACCAUAGGCGGUGUGCAGGAAAACAACACGUCAGCUUAUCGAUAGCCGAAAUCGGCUUUGCCACUCACCUGAUAAGCCAUCGCUGGAGUUGUGUUUUUCGUGCACGCACGGACGCACAGUAAUCACCUACAAUUAGGCACAAUAACUUAAUCACGAUUAGAUAAAACGAACGCGGACAACACCGACACACAAUUGGCCUUCUCUUCCGACGCGACCCUUUUUUUUCGCCGUCGCUGCACGUACUACACCAACUGACAGUUGAGCUGAGCGACUGUCAAAUGCCAAUUCGCGCACAACAUCUCGCUCCCGGUCAUGCUCGGAUUUUUUUGAUGUGGAAAGUGCUGGCUCUACUAAAACAGAGGAAAACAAUCUUUUGCUAACUUGAUAUGACUUUUUUUUUUGUAACGAAAUGAUUGUUUUCGUGCGAAUUUUAGUUUAGUUGAGCUAGUAAUCCAACACCAUCUCAAGCAUUCAAUCCACCAACGCCUAAACGCCGCUGUUGUUUGACAGCUGGCUGCAAAUAGGGGAAAAAGGUUUAUGUUGCUAUACGGACGAGAUCGCUUGGCACUGGUUCACAGAUCAGAAAACAAAUUAGAGGAAAAACAAUCGCAAAAUUGCUGUUAAUAGUACGACACAAUGGCAGACGAUUUACAGAACUACAAACUGCAACUGCAGCAGGUUGAGGCUGCCCUGCUUACCGAUCCGGAGAAUGCGGAGCUGCUCAAGCUGAAGGAAGAUCUGAACGAGGUGAUCGAGCUGACGAAAGAUCUCAUCAAGGCGCAGCAGGAACCGGAGCAGAAAAAGUCGGCGUACAUUGAGCCUGCCAGCAGCAGCUACUACGAUGGCGUAUCGGGCGCGGACAAAAAGCAAACAAAGCCAGCGAAGGUAUGGAAGGUGGGUGACAAAUGUUCUGCUAAGUGGAUUGAAGACGGUCAGUACUAUGAUGCUACCAUAGAGUCGAUUUCGGAAACGGGCGAGGUGAGCAUCGUGUUCGAGGCGUACCAGAACCGGAGCAACACCACCAUCAGCGAGCUGAAGGAACCAAAGUCCCGGAACGAAGUGUUUCCCGCCAACAGUAACAAACGCUUGCGGCACAAUCAGAAGGAGUAUCUGAAGAAAAAGAAGAUGAAGAAGAUUCAACGUUUCAAGGAGCUGGAGGAGGAGCGUGAAUGUGAGAAAAACAAGUGGCUUCAGUUUUCCGCUAAAUCGACGAAGAAAUCGGGCGUCAAAGCGAAGAGUAUAUUUGCGUCGCCGGAAAAUGUGAACGGUCGGGUCGGUAUCGGUACCUGCGGUGUGUCCGGCAAACCGAUGACUGAGUUUUCGCACGGGGAAAAGUACAGGAAAGGUGUUUAAACGCCUUGUAACCUGGCAACGGAAUUGUGUCGGUGUAUGAGUGCGAGUGCGUGCUGCAAGAUCAAUCGUUUUGUUUAGCCAUUGCUCUAGCUAGCACACGUAAUUUGAUUUUAUCCAAACACCUCUGUGGGACUUGUUUUACAAAGUAAUUUUGCGACUUUUGGGUGGUUCAACAACCUCCCCCCGUUUGGUAAGGUUGUUUCUCAGUAGGCUUCGUACGAACUUUAUCUCGGUGCAUCCAUCGUUCAGACGAAUAUUAAGCGCGCCUAGGACGAGCGCGUUAAAUAGCACGUGUACCAGGUAUACUUUGCAAGCGGAGAAAUCAUAUUAAACUAUCAAUAAAAUGAAUAAGCUAAUAAAUAA